ACUCUAAGGGGGCACAUGAACAAUGUAUCCUGUGUUCUAUUCCAUUUAAGGCAGGAUAUUAUUGUGUCCAAUUCGGAGGAUAGAAGUAUCCGAGUCUGGGAUGCAACAAAACGGACUGGUCUUCAGACAUUUCGUAGGGAGCAUGACAGAUUCUGGAUUCUUUCAGCACAUCCUGAAAUGAACCCCUUGGCCGCUGGCCAUGAUAGUGGCAUGAUUCUCUUCAAAUUGGAGAGGGAGCGUCCUGCCUUUUCUGUUAGCGGUGAUUCAAUAUACUAUGUUAAAGAUCAUUUUCUCCGCUUCUAUGAGUUCUCUACCCAGAGAGACACUCAGGUUAUGCCUAUUCGAAGGCCUGGUUCUUCCAACUUGAAUCAAGGGGCAAAGACACUAUCGUACAGCCCUACAGAAAAUGCUGUUUUGAUAUGUUCAGAUGUGGAUGGGGGGUCUUAUGAACUAUACGUUAUACCCAAAGAUAGCUUUGGUCGGGGUGAUACUGCGCAGGAGGCAAAAAGAGGAAUUGGAGGCCCAGCUGUGUUCGUGGCUCGAAAUAGGUUUGCAGUGCUUGAAAAGAGCUCCAACCAAGUUAUAGUUAAAAAUCUGAAAAAUGAGAUUGUCAAGAAGAGUGCCCUACCUAUUGUUGCUGAUGCAAUAUUUUAUGCUGGAACUGGAAACUUGCUGUGCAGGGCAGAGGACAGAGUCAUUAUUUUUGACCUGCAGCAGAGAAUUAUUGUUGGGGAGCUUCAAACUCCUUUUGUAAGGUAUAUUGUUUGGUCAAAUGACAUGGAGAGCAUUGCUUUACUGAGCAAACACUCAAUUAUGAUAGCAAAUAAGAAGCUAGUGCAUCAGUGCACUCUCCAUGAGACAAUUCGUGUAAAGAGUGGAGCUUGGGAUGACAAUGGCGUCUUCAUAUAUACAACCUUGAACCACAUCAAAUACUGCCUUCCUAAUGGGGAUAGUGGAAUCAUCAGGACCCUCGACGUUCCCGUAUAUAUAACAAAAGUGUAUGGAAACACCAUACAUUGCUUGGAUCGAGAUGGGAAGAACUGUGCCAUUGUUGUUGAUGCAACAGAAUAUGUUUUCAAGUUAUCCUUACUGAAGAAGAGGUAUGACCAGGUUAUGAGCAUGAUAAGGAGUUCUGAGCUCUGUGGCCAGGCCAUGAUUGCAUAUCUACAGCAGAAGGGUUUCCCUGAGGUUGCCCUUCAUUUUGUGAAGGAUGAGAGGACUCGCUUCAACUUGGCACUAGGGAGCGGGAACAUCCAGAUUGCUGUUGCUUCUGCCAAGGAAAUUGAUGAGAAAGAUCACUGGUAUCGAUUGGGAGUGGAGGCCCUUCGUCAGGGUAAUGCAGGCAUUGUAGAAUAUGCAUAUCAGAGGACAAAGAAUUUUGAGAGGCUAUCAUUCUUAUAUCUUGUGACUGGAAACUUGGAUAAAUUGUCCAAAAUGUUGAAAAUUGCUGAAGUCAAGAAUGAUGUGAUGGGCCAGUUCCACAAUGCUUUAUAUUUGGGUGACAUCAGAGAGCGUGUUAAGAUCUUGGAGAAUGCAGGUCACUUACCUCUUGCUUAUAGCACAGCUGUAAUUCAUGGGCUCCAUGAUAUUGCUGAACGUUUGGCGGCUGAACUGGGAGAUAAUGUUCCUGUUUUACCCAAGGUGAAAUCUCCGUCUCUUUUGUUACCACCAACGCCAAUCGUCUGCGGAGGAGAUUGGCCCUUGUUGAGGGUCACGAGAGGAAUAUUUGAGGGUGGUCUUGAUAAUGUGGGCAAGAAUGUUGAGGAAGAUUAUGAAGAGGCUGCAGAUGCUGAUUGGGGAGAGGAGUUGGAUCUUGUUGACGUGGACAAUAUUCCAAAUGGAGACAUCAGUGCAGUGCUGGAUGAUGAGGAAGCACGCGAGGAAAAUGAAGAGGGAGGAUGGGAUCUUGAAGAUCUUGAACUUCCACCUGAGAUUGAUACUCCAAAAACUGCCAGCAAUGCCCGUUCUUCUGUGUUUGUUGCCCCAACUCCGGGUAUGCCUGUAAGCCAAAUCUGGUCCCAGAAAUCAUCUCUUGCUGCUGAACAUGCUGCCGCUGGGAAUUUCGAUAUUGCAAAGCGUUUGUUGAGCAGGCAGCUGGGUGUACAGAACUUUGAUCCCUUGAGACAAUUAUUUCUCGAUUUACACAUGGGCAGUCAUACGUAUCUACGUGCCUUCUCAGCAGCUCCUGUGCUCACGGUGGCCAUUGAGAGGGGAUGGAGUGAAUCAGCUACACCUAAUGUUAGGGGUCCUCCUGCUCUUGUAUUUAAAUUCUCAGAGCUAAAAGAGAAGCUUAAGGCGGGUUACAAGGCCACAACCCAAGGGAAGUUUGCUGAUGCUUUACGUAUUCUCCUUGGUAUUCUGCAUACUAUUCCUCUGAUCGCAGUUGAUUCAAGGAGAGAGGUUGAUGAAGUAAAAGAAUUAAUUAUCGUUGUAAAGGAGUAUGUUCUGGGUUUGAAGAUGGAGAUUAAGAGGAAGGAACUUAAAGGCGAUCCGGUUCGCCAACAGGAGCUAGCGGCUUACUUCACCCACUGCAACCUUCAGAUGCCUCACUUGAGACUUGCAUUACUAAAUGCCAUGAGUGUUUGCUAUAAGGCUGGUAAUCUCAACACGGCAGCUAACUUUGCCAGGCGACUUUUGGAAACCAACCCCACCAUUGAAAACCAUGCCAAGACUGCAAGACAAAUCCUGCAAGCUGCCGAAAAGAACAUGACUGAUGCAACCCAGCUAAACUAUGAUUUCAGAAACCCAUUUGUGGUUUGUGGGGAAACAUAUGUGCCUAUUUACCGUGGACAGAAGGAUGUUUCAUGCCCAUACUGCAGUUCUCGGUUUGUUCCGGACCAGGAAGGGAAGCUCUGUACUGUUUGUGAUCUUUCAGUGGUUGGAUCAGAUGCAUCUGGUUUGCUCUGUUCUCCUACCCAGAUAAGAUGAUCUCCUGCUGCUCAAGUGGGAGCAAUUUUUCCAACCUUCAAAUCCGACAACGGUUAUGUUAGUUUUCUCAUCUCCUUGAGCAGGGUUUCUAUGUUAAAGAACGCAAUUUGAUUAGGUUGUGUGCUUCUCUUGUAUUUCUAUUUCAAAUUUUAUUUCAAGGUACGUGAUUAUGAUUUCGCUGUAAUGAACA